AUGUCUGCCCAAGCCCCUCAUAACACUCUGCUCAUCCCGGGCCCCAUCGAGUUCGACGAUGCCGUGCUGCAAUCCAUGGCCCACUACGCCGAGAGCCAUGUCGCUCCCGGCUUCGUCAAGGUCUUCGGUGAGGCCAUCGCCCUCGUACGCAAGCUGUUCCAGUCGACCGACCCCGCCGCACAGCCGUUCGUCAUCUCCGGCAGCGGCACCCUCGGCUGGGAUCUGGUGUCUGCCAACCUGAUCGAGCGGGGCGAUAACGCAUUGGUGCUCAACUCCGGCUACUUCGGCGAUUCGUUCGCCAACUGCCUGGAAACAUACGGUGCGCAAGUGACGCAACUCAAGUCGGUUAUUGGCGAGCGACACUCCCUCGACCAGGUCGAGCAGGCCCUGAAGGCGAAGCCGUACAAGGUCAUCACAAUCACCCACGUCGACACCUCGACCGGCGUGCUGAGCGACGUCAAGGGCGUCGCGCAGCUUGUCCGCCGGGUCAGCCCGGAGACUCUGGUGGUGGUUGACGGCGUGUGCAGCGUGGGCUCGGAGGAGAUCGCUUUCGACGAGUGGGAGCUGGACGCCGUGGUCACGGCCAGCCAGAAGGCCAUCGGCUGCCCGCCCGGUCUGAGCAUCGUGAUGUGCUCUGGCCGCGCGGUCCAGCGUGCCCAGUCGCGCAAGACCCCGCCGGGCUCGUACUACGCCUCGAUUGCCAACUGGCUGCCCAUCAUGAAGAACUACGAGGCCUUCAAGCCCUCCUACUUCGCCACCCCGCCCACCCAGCUGGUCCACGCCCUGCACACCACCCUCAGCCAGAUCACCGCCCGCCCCGUCUCCGAGCGCUUCGCCGUGCACGCCCGGGAGUCGGACCGCGUCAAGGCUGCCAUCGCCGAAAUGGGUCUCAAGCAGCUGGCGCCCAACCCGGAGGCCCAGGCCCACGGCAUGACCGCUAUGUACCUGCCCGAGGGUCUGACCCCGCCGGACGUGCUGCCGGGUCUGCUGAAGCGCGGCGUGAUCUUCGCAGCCGGCCUGCACAAGGAGAUUGCCACCAAGUACAUUCGCUUCGGCCACAUGGGUGUCAGUGUGACUGACCCCAACCGCAAGGAUAUUGACAACGCGCUGGCUGCGCUGAAGGAGGCUCUCGCCGAGGCCAAGCAGGCCAAGGGCUUGUAA